AUGGACCACACACCGAGACAGGUUUUCCAGACGCCCAACAACGUCUACGUCCUCCAGCAGCCCUGGCAGCUCGUCAAGGAGCUCGGACAGGGAGCGUACGGAUGCGUCUCUUCGGCUCGUCACGCUCAGACCGGUGAGACCUGCGCCGUAAAGAAGGUCACCAACGUGUUCACCAAGAAGAUCCUCACGAAACGCUGUCUUCGCGAGCUCCGCCUCCUGCACCACUUCCGCGGACACAAGAACAUCACCUGCCUGUAUGACAUGGACAUUGUCUUUGACCAGGCGGGCAAGUUCAACGAGGUGUACCUGUACGAGGAGCUGAUGGAGGCGGACCUGCACGCGAUCAUCCGCUCGGGCCAGCCUCUGUCGGACGCGCACUUCCAGUCGUUCCUGUACCAGACGCUGUGCGGUCUCAAGUACAUUCACUCUGCGAACGUGCUGCACCGCGACCUGAAGCCGGGAAACCUGCUCGUCAACGCCGACUGUGAGCUCAAGAUUUGCGACUUUGGCCUGGCGCGCGGCUUCCAGCCAGGGCAGGUACAGACUGAGCAGGGCACGGCGGGCUUCAUGACCGAGUACGUCGCAACGCGCUGGUACCGUGCGCCGGAGAUUAUGCUCUCGUUUGCAAACUACACGUCGUCGAUUGACAUGUGGUCUGUCGGGUGCAUCUUGGCCGAGCUCCUGGGCGGAAAGCCCAUCUUUAAGGGAGAGGACUAUGUCGACCAGCUGAACCGCAUCCUGAACCUGCUGGGCACGCCGACAGAAGACACGCUGCGCCGGGUAGGCUCGCCUCGGGCGCAAGACUACAUUCGCAGCCUGCCGAUCAAGCCCCGCGUCAAGUUCAAGACGCUGUACCCGAACGCGCAGCCUCAGGCGCUCGACCUGCUCGAGAAGCUCUUAUGCUUUGAUCCAGCCAAGCGCAUCGGGUGCCAGGCGGCCCUCGAGCACCCCUACCUGCAAGUCUGGCACGACCCGCUCGACGAGCCCUCGUGCGAGGUGCCGUUCGACUUCAGCUUCGAGAAGGAGAACAGCGAGGAGGGCAUGCGCAACCUCAUCGUCGGCGAGGUGGGCUCCUUCCGCGCCCUCGUCCGCCAGCACGCCAUGCCCCAGAUGGCCCCCGACAACAACACAAAUGGGCACCACGACCUGCCCCCCGCCCCCGCCGCGACAAAGGACACGGGCGCCGGGCAGGGCGUCGGACCCGCGUUCUCAGAGGCUGAGCAGAAGGCCACCGCCGCCCUUGUGGAGGAACACCCGUCGUCGGCGCUCGAGCGCGAACUCGCCGGGCUCUGCCAUUAA